CCAUAUUUGAGAAGGGAAUCGAUAAAUCGAACUCGCAAAAUUUCCCAGAUAAACAGCAUGCCGUCAUCCAAAACCGACACUGCAAUUCGUUACCCCGAGGCAGAGAACCAAAAACGUCGAUUGCGACACGUAACACAGGACCGCAGGUGGGAGUCUCGUAUGCGUGACCAGGCUGUAUCAAACCCACAGUUCGCAUCCGACGCUACUUCUUGGGGCCCGGAAACACUCUUGGAUCUCAAGACCGAUGAGAAUGGCAACCCGCAACCCGAUCCAGCCCAGUUCCGUGAUGGUAACAAGGCCAUUAAGAAAGGUCUAGGGUCCAGCGAGCAGGAUAUGACUGCUGCCGCGAAUUAUGUCCCCUGA